AUGUCUUCAAAUCUAUCGCUCAAAGGAUCCACACGGACGGUAACGGAAUUCUUCGAAUAUAGCAUCAAUUCCAUUCUUUUCCAGCGAGCCGUGUAUCCGCCUGAAGAUUUCAUUUCAGUGAAAAAAUAUGAUCUGAACUUACUGAAAACCCACGACGAGGAGCUCAAAAAUUACAUCCGCCAGAUUCUGCAGCAGGUGCACCGCUGGCUGUUGGGCGGAAAAUGCAGUAAGCUGGUCUUGUGCAUUUUGGACAAAUCAACAUGCGAAGUAGUGGAACGAUGGGAAUUUGACGUAAAGCAUAACGCUCACUCUUCUGACAAUGACCAGAUAGGUGGGGUCAAGCUGGAAGAAACUCAGCGGCAAAUCCGUGCUCUUAUGCGACAAAUUACUGCUAGUGUCACAUUUUUGCCAGAACUGGAAAGUGAGGACGGGGAGGAAGACAAUUUCACUUUCAACGUGCUUGCAUAUACGGACGCCAACGCUAAAGUUCCACUAGAAUGGGCAGAUUCUGAUGCUCUGGAGGUGACGAAUGGAAGUGAAAAGGUGGAGUUUAAGAGUUUUUCAACCACAGAUCACAAUAUUAAAACACAGGUUAGUUACCGAGUCAAUGCCAGCUCAGGCUCAUAA